AUGAAGUUACUACACAAGGAUGGAUCUCCUGAACCAUUCCGAAUCCAUGCACAUUGGGAUCAUUGCAGGCCCAUAAGCCAAGAGUUUCCAAAUGCACAGGCAUUUUUCGGCCCUGGAACGAAAGACUUCUGUUCACCCGGCCACUUAGAGUCUGGUCAGCCCUCAGAUGAGAUCGAGUGGGAUGGUAGGUGGUUUGGAUCCAAGCAGCAUGUUACGGAAGAUUGGUCAGAGUUUGAGGGGACCUGGGUUCCAUGGGGUACUUUUGAAAGAGCUCUUGAUUAUUUCGGAGACGGAAGCCUGUGGGUUAUUGAUGCCCCAGGUCAUAUGCCUGGGAAUUUGGCUGCUGCGGUAAAGCUGCAAGGUAUUGAUGAAUGGGUUCUACUAGGCAGCGAUUGCUGUCAUUCGAUGCCAUUGCUUCGAGGCACAGAGGAGAUGGCUACAUACAUUGGACAAGACGGCGAACUGAAGGCCUACCUUCAACAGGAUAUUCCGGCAGCUCACAAGACCAUUGACAACAUUAGGAAGCUUCAAGCUGAUUAUGGCGUACAAGUCGCCUUGGCUCAUGACGCUACUUGGUUGAUUGAACAGACGAAUCCUGUAUUGAUGAGUCUUCUGGAUGAUAAUAAGAAGGGGGCUUGUACCAUAAAGGUUCACCCAGCAUAUCUUGAACAACUCACCAUGGGCCUCCGUGUCGGUGUCAUCGGGCCAACGGGCUUCGGCGGUUCGUACCUAUGUGUUGAGCUGAUCAAGCGCGGCUAUGCAGUUCGUGGUAUCUCCAGAAAACCUGAAAAUCUGGGCCAGAAUCCAGCAUAUACGCCUUACUCGAUCGAUAUCGAAAAGGGAUCUUUUGAGGACGUGGUAGAUGCCCUCAAGAACCUGGAUGUGCUGGUCAACGAAUAUGGCCCACACACUGCAGGAGAGCAUGCAUUGCAAUACAAACCAUUUCUAGAGCUGACGCGCAAAAUAAUAAUCUGUGCAAAAGCCGCCAAGGUUGGCUAUUUUGUCAUGGUCGGCGGCUGCGGAUCCCUACACUAUCCCGGAAGUCAAUUCUCAACUUGCGCUGAUACCAAGAUAUUCUGGCUGUACUACCGCCGAGGCAUUGCGGAUAGCCACGCCCAUGUUUCGUACAUGGAAGAGAGACUCGGAUCGAUGGGCACUUCACUCCGCGAUUAUCGUAACGCGCGCCUUGCAGUGCGCCAAGGAAAGUCAGAUCCUGCGGCAGAGAAGCUCAUCGACAAGUACGAGCACGCUGUCAUGUCUAACGAUAGUGCCUUGGAGUUUGUGACGGCGGGAAGAACAUCUUUCAUGUUCUUUGAUGGGAAUGCAUCCUUUCGGUGGACCUACGUGUCUCCUCCUGCCCUCUACCGCUCGGGGGUACGCACCGGCAGCUAUACCCUUAUUGAGGACGAACUGCCGGUGAAACCUGCACCUGAAGGACACGAAGAAAGUGACCUCACUGGGAGACUGCACGGGAUUAGUGCUGCUGAUCUUGCUAUUGCUAUUGCUGAUGAGAUUGGCAAUGAGAAGCUGCUGGGGAAACACUGGAGCGCAUACUCGGACAUGUCUGACGACACUCCAACACCAUCCUAUGUCAGUCUCUAG